AUGGCCGACGAUGCGCAGCAUGAACACACCUUCGAGAGCGCCGACGCCGGCGCCUCAGCCACGUUCCCCAUGCAGUGCUCUGCCCUGCGCAAGAACGGCUACGUCGUGAUCAAAAACCGCCCCUGCAAAAUCGGCGAGAUGUCCACCUCCAAGACCGGCAAGCACGGGCACGCCAAACAUGAACACACCUUCGAGAGCGCCGACGCCGGCGCCUCAGCCACGUUCCCCAUGCAGUGCUCUGCCCUGCGCAAGAACGGCUACGUCGUGAUCAAAAACCGCCCCUGCAAAAUCGUCGAGAUGUCCACCUCCAAGACCGGCAAGCACGGCCACGCCAAAGUCCACCUGGUCGCCAUCGACAUCUUCACCUCCAAGAAACUUGAGGAUCUCUGCCCUUCCACCCACAACAUGGAGGUGCCGAAUGUCUAUCGCAAAGAAUACCAAUUGCUCGAUAUCACCGACGACGGCUUCCUGUCUCUCAUGUCCGAUGAUGGCUCCACCAAGGACGACGUCAAACUCCCUGAGGGCGAGGUGGGUGAGAAGAUUGAGAAGCUCUUCCGUGUCGAGGAGAAGGAUACCAACGUCGUCGUUUUGACUGCCAUGGGUGAGGAGGUUGCUAUGGAUGCCAAGGAAGCCCCCCGCAGCUAG